UCCGUUUCCAGCGCUUCCGUCGACGGGACGCAGCGUUUCGUGUUGUAUCGAGCGCGGACACAGGGGGCUCUUAGAGGUGUGUCGCACAGCAGGUCGGCGUGUCCUGGAUACACAACCGACACAAACCUCCUACCGGCGGUUACAACAACAGCAACUUGCAACUUUGGCUAACGUUUUGUGUUGACCGCCUCGGUAGUGUUGGCGGGGGACACAACAUGGAGGUGGCGAGUGUCGAAGCGGAGGACGAGAGGCGCUUGACCCUGCUGAGGUUCGAGGCCGCCGUCAAAGUGAUCAAGAGUCUGGCCCCGGAUGGUCCCUUUCAGCCCUCCAAUGACAUGAUGCUCAAGUUCUACAGUUACUACAAACAGGCCACUGUGGGCGAGUGCAAUAUCCCCCGACCUGGCUUCUGGGACGCAGUUGGAAAAGCCAAAUGGGAUGCAUGGAGUUCUCUUGGAGACAUGCCGAAAGAAGAUGCGAUGGCAGCCUAUGUAGAUGAAAUGAAGCUGAUUCUGGAGGGAAUGCCCAUGACGGACGAGGUGGAGGAGCUCUUGCGUGUCCUCGGCCCGUUCUACGAGCUGAUCGACGAGAAGAAGAAGAUCACGCAGAUAUCCGACCUGAGCACAGGCCUCAACACAAUGUUGAAUUCGGGGCCAUCGAAGAGCGUCGCAAAGAGCAUCGUCAGAACGAUGAAAAUGAACGGCACCCUGGAGACUCCUCCUGCCAGGCUGCAAUCAAAGGAAGUGAAGGAAAAGUCGGAGGAAGUGGAGGAGGAAGAUGAAGAAGACGAUGAGGAGGAGGAAGAGGAGGAGGAGGAGGAACUAUUGAUACGGGAGGUUAGAAAAGACAAGAAAUCUGCAGCCUCUCCGCCAAAGAAGAAGAGUUCUGCCAGGAGCCCCAAAGCGCCGUCGAACGGUAAACUGGUCAACGGCGUCGCUCAUCUGGCCAACGGGAAUCAUCCCAGGGCCGCCCUGAACAACGGGAGCCCCCGGGGGGGUUCCCCUGGAGAGACUCUGCUCAACGGUCACCACUCGGGAGAUCCCGGCGUGGAAGUGUCGGGGCCGAGCCAGGUGGCCAGCGACUCCGACAGCGAAGUCUACUGUGACUCCGUGGACCAGUUCGGCCAAGAAGAGAGCUCAGAGCACAACCGCUCUUUCGACGACCUGGAUGAAGAGGAGAAUCGCGUCCCGCCGGGUCUGGAGGAGCCGCGGAUUGACGUUCACGGGGCGCCGCGCGGCAUCAGGUGUGGAGGAGAAGAUGGAGAGAACGGCGGAGCGACGUCACAGCGGCCGAGUGAAGACCGGCCGGGCAGCUCUUUGGUCCGAAGCGGACGCGGGCCUCGCGGCGGCGGCCACGAAUCUCCGAUGCCGGCGUACGGGGGUGGAGACGGGGACGGGGAGCGCUGGGGGGGAGGCGAGACGCCCGCGGGGAGCCUGAAUGAGCUGAUAGUGGUGGCGUUGGCUCGACUGCAGGAGGACAUGCAGAGCGUUCUGCAGAGGCUGCAGACGCUGGAGGCUCUGACGACCAGCCAGACGCGAUCCAUGCCUCUGCCUGCGGCGUAUGCAUCAACCGCGGUGAAUAGGAGGAGUCCGAAACCAUCCUGGUGGCCUUUCGACAUUUCCCCCACCAGUUUGGCCUUUGCUGUUAUUUGGCCGUUCGUGGCUCAGUGGCUCAUUCGCCUUUACCUGCAGAGGAGGAGAAGGCGGAUCAACUGAACCUGCCUCAGCACACCAAUGAGGAGUCCUCUGUGGUUAACACCCCCCCCCCCCCCCCCCCCCCUCUUCCUGCUCGGGCUCACAACCACGUAAUUUGCUUUUGCACUACGGAGAAUGCACUGCGACUGAAAUGAGUGAGAGGAGGACAUACUGUGGAUGUUUGUGUUGAGGGGGGGGGGAACUCGCAGAUACCAUUUUUUUAUAAACCUGGAGCAGCUUUGUAAUGACUUCUAUCACUAAGGUGGCUGUGUUGCACAUAAAAUAGGCCUGACACGUUGUUGUUUUGAGAGCAAUGCUUGCGGUGGAUAUACAUUGUCACAAUUAUCUUUAAUUAGUUGCCCAGAAUAAUGCUGCUAUAAUAGAAAAAUGUGUUUAGACGGGAGGGUUGAAUGUGAUUAUAUAUUGAUGUGAGAUUCUUCUAAAUUCUAAUAAUUUAAUAUUUAUUGCUUUUAAUGAGUUGAAACGAAGGCGUUACUGGUCAGAUUCCAGGCCUAUAUUUGAGGUUUAAGCAGCGGCUAAACGUUGUGUGUCUGUUGGAGCGCAGACAGUCCUUCUGCAUAUCGGUCUGUGCUUCACGUCAAAUACGUGCUCUCCAUUUAACAUCUUUACCAAAUAGAAGAAGUGCCUCAGCAUCAUAAGGUACACCCAAACUGUAGGUUGUAUUGUGGAUUCUUACGUUGACAUAUUGUAGCACAACUGUUCCAGUUCUGGACCAAAUUAACAAAGAUUAUUCACCUUGUGAGCCACGAAGCGGUGAGAAUAUCAGCAUUCUGAUCAAUAACAAAUAUCAUCUGUCACUGUGUUGUUAACGCUGUUCAGAUUUUCUCAACUGUAUCCUUUCAAUGUGUGAUGUAAAAUGUUUGUCUGAAUAUUGUGGAAAGAUUUAGUAUGAGUGAUAAUCAUUAACGGUUUGCGAAGCAGUGAGAUCUAUGUAAAUUGUAAUAGCUGUACAGUUUAGAUUCAAAUGCAGUAUUUUAAUUGCAUUUUCAUGUAUUAAUGAUAUAGAAUACUAUAUAAUUGACAUAUUUGCAUCUGCAAUAGCACUAAUUUACAGAGCCAUUAUGUUUUAAUAAGUAAUAUUUACCUUUGUACUGAAAUGUGCUAAAGCUUCUCACCUCCUCUGCCUGUGGACGGAGUGGUGUUUGCAUGUGAUAAUCCAAGCCGCAAAUAAAAUAUUUGGUUAAAUAUUUUA